CACAUCAUUUGUCCUAUCAGCCUAUCCGUAGUGACGUUUAUUGUGAGCGUCAAACGGUGGUGAAAAUGGGCCAGAGUCAGAGCGGAGGACACGGACCAGGAGGUGGAAAGAAAGAUGAUAAGGACAAGAAGAAGAAAUAUGAGCCGCCCAUUCCAUCUAGAGUGGGCAAGAGGAAGAGGAAGUCCAAGGGCCCUGAUGCUGCCAGCAAACUGCCUCUAGUCACCCCACACACACAGUGCAGACUGAAGCUCCUGAAGCAGGAGAGAAUUAAAGAUUACCUGCUGAUGGAAGAGGAGUUCAUCCGAAACCAGGAGCAGAUGAAACCUCUAGAGGAGAAACAGGAGGAGGAGAGGUCAAAGGUCGAUGACCUCAGGGGGACCCCUAUGUCUGUGGGGACCCUGGAGGAGAUCAUCGAUGACAAUCAUGCCAUUGUCUCCACGUCUGUGGGCUCGGAGCAUUAUGUCAGCAUCCUCUCGUUUGUUGACAAAGAUCUGCUGGAGCCCGGCUGUUCCGUCUUACUCAAUCACAAGGUCCAUGCUGUCAUCGGGGUGCUGAUGGACGACACUGACCCUCUUGUGACAGUCAUGAAGGUGGAGAAGGCUCCGCAAGAGACAUACGCAGACAUCGGUGGACUGGACGCCCAGAUACAAGAAAUUAAGGAGUCUGUGGAGCUGCCGCUGACCCAUCCAGAGUAUUAUGAGGAAAUGGGGAUAAAGCCUCCCAAAGGGGUCAUUCUCUACGGCGCCCCUGGAACAGGUAAAACCCUCCUUGCCAAAGCGGUGGCCAAUCAGACGUCUGCAACGUUUUUGCGCGUUGUUGGUUCAGAGCUGAUUCAGAAGUAUCUCGGCGACGGCCCUAAAUUAGUGCGCGAGCUCUUCAGGGUGGCCGAGGAACACGCACCCUCCAUCGUCUUCAUCGAUGAGAUUGACGCCAUUGGAACUAAGAGAUACGACUCAAACUCAGGAGGUGAACGUGAAAUUCAGAGAACCAUGUUGGAACUGCUCAACCAGCUGGAUGGCUUUGAUUCGCGUGGAGAUGUGAAGGUCAUUAUGGCUACCAACAGAAUAGAAACCCUUGACCCUGCUCUUAUUAGACCGGGUCGUAUCGACCGUAAGAUUGAGUUCCCGUUACCAGAUGAGAAAACCAAAAGAAGGAUCUUCCAGAUUCACACCAGCAGAAUGACUGUGGCCACGGAUGUGAACCUGGACGACCUCAUCCUGGCUAAAGACGACCUUUCAGGAGCCGAUAUUAAGGCCAUCUGUACAGAAGCAGGGCUCAUGGCCCUCAGAGAACGCAGGAUGAAGGUCACCAACGAGGACUUCAAGAAGUCUAAAGAAAAUGUGUUGUAUAAGAAGCAGGAGGGCACCCCCGAAGGGCUCUAUCUCUAAUCUUCCUCCAGUUUUUAUUGAAUCUAUGUGAAUAUGUGAGUGUGACACAUUUGGCUAUAAUAUGCGCAUGUUUUUGACUGACGAUUUGUUAUUCGGUCAUGUGAUCAGAAAAUAAAUGCUAGAGCUGUAUGA